CCUAUUUUUACUGAUUACGCAAAUUUUUCCCCUUCAGCUCGCAUAGGUACCCCUCUUUUGGUUUUGCUGCAGGAUGGAUCCGAGCCGAGCGGCCUCCCUUCAUCUUCUCUCGUUCGCACGAAGCCGCAAGCGGAGCAGCUGAACCCCGCCUCCUCUCCGUGGUUCCUGUUCGCACGGGUACAGCCAAAGCAGCCGAAAUCCUCUCCCUCCUCCCUCGGUUCCCGGUUUGCACCAAGGUCCCCGCACCUUGUUCUUCUAUUUACUCCAGCCCAACCGAAUCAGCCAACUCUUCUUCCAAGGUUGCAGCGCUUGGCUUAUGGCAUUUGAAAUUAUAAAUUAUUAUCGGGACUGAUGGAGAAGAAACCUAGAGUUGCUAUUGUGGUUCUUGGUGACAUUGGUCGUAGUCCUCGAAUGCAAUACCACGCCCUUUCACUUGCCAGCCAAGCAAAGUUUGAGGUGGAUAUUGUUGCUAAUGGAGGUAGCGAAUCUCACAUGGAUGUUAUAAAGAACCAGAAUAUCCGCAUCCAUGAGAUGGCAUCUGUAAGCUUAGAGGGUCUAUCCAAGAUAUCAAAAGCACUUGCAGUGUUAACCAAGGCAGCCAUACAGUUCUUUAUUUUAGUAUGGUUUCUUUUCAAGAUUCCUCGUCCAGAUGCUUUCCUGGUACAGAAUCCACCAUCUGUACCAACUUUAGCUGCUGUCAAACUAUCAUGUUGGCUUCGACGAUGUGGGUUUGUGAUAGAUUGGCACAACUUUGGAUAUACUCUACUAGGGAUGUCACAUGGUAGAAAUCAUAUUAUAGUUAAACUUUACAAGUGGUUUGAGAAAUAUUUUGGGAAGAUGGCUGAUGGCACUUUAUGUGUUACGAAGGCGAUGCAACAUGAGCUGGCACAGAAUUGCGGAGUCAAAGCAUCAGUUCUCUAUGACCAACCUCCUGAAUUCUUUCACCCAGUUGCCCUCAAGGAAAGUCAUGAGUUGUUUUGCAGAUUAGAUAGGAGUAUAUGUGACCCAAUUGGCUUUCAUGAUUGUGUUAGCACUGGAAAGAAAAGCCAAAAUGAUGCUUCUAGUGAUUUGUCACAUACUGUUUUUAGUACCCAAGAUGGUGAUAAUCUUUCGUUGAAGCCGAGCAGGCCUGCACUAGUUGUGAGCAGUACCAGCUGGACUUCAGAUGAAGAUUUCAGUUUGCUUCUAGAAGCAGCACUGUUGUAUGACAGGCGCAUUGCUGCAGCCUUAAAUGAGGAUGAUUCAAUUGAUGAAGAGAAACUUUGGAUUGAUUUAAGCAAUGGAAAAAAAUAUUUGUAUCCAAGAUUGCUAUUUAUUAUUACUGGUAAAGGGCCAGAUAGAAAGAAGUAUGAGGAAAAGAUUAGGAAAUUAAAAUUAAGACGCGUGACCUUCCGAACAAUGUGGCUUUCUGCCGAGGAUUAUCCACUGUUGCUUGGAUCUGCGGAUCUUGGCGUGAGCCUUCACACAUCCUCGUCGGGCUUGGACCUUCCCAUGAAGAUUGUUGACAUGUUUGGUUGCGGGCUCCCUGUUUGUGCGGUUUCCUUCUCAUGCAUUGGAGAACUCGUAAAAGAUGGGGAAAAUGGCCUUCUUUUCUCAUCAUCAUCUGAGCUCGCUGAUCAGCUCAUGAUGCUUUUCAAAGGUUUUCCAGAUAAAUGUGAUGCCUUGAAGGCAUUGCAGGAAGGCGCUUUGGCCAGAGGUUCCUCUUCAAGAUGGUCUGCAGAGUGGAUGACGCACGCAUUUCCUGUUAUACAGGAGGUCAGUAUAAUGUUAUUUCAAAGAAGCACUGAUUGAAAGCCAGACAUUUGUGCUGAAUGUAAGCAGCCUUGAAGAACUUCAAGACUCGUGUCAUUUUAAUGCAUAUUUCAAGCACAGGCAGCUAUGAAAUGUUCAUCAUGAUUAUUAAUAAUUUUAAAUAAUAAUUCAUUUUGCCUAAAGUUUUCGUGUACAUGUUAUUUUUACUCGAAGCCUUCACUGUAAUGAAAAAUGUGAUUAAAAUGUUAUAUUGAAUGUUUAGGAUGGUUUGGAUGUGAAAAUUCCUUGUUUUUUAUUAUAUUUAGAUCAUCAUAUUUUGAUUCAAAUGCUCUCUUAAACAUUUUUGAUAAAUUUUGUUUGUUGGUUGCUGUUCGUAUGAUGGUAAUUGGGCUUUAACAAAAUGGGAGGCAUGAUAAGUGUAUGAUGGCAUGUAAAUAUCAAAAUUCAUAGGGCUUGGAGAAAAAAAUAACAUCA